UUUGUAUUCAUUUAAUUUUGUUUACAGGCAACUAAAAAAAUGUCUGUAGUUACAGUUCAACUGGGACAAUGUGGUAAUCAAAUAGGUGCAAAUUUGUUUUCAUAUAUUCACAAAGAUGCUUGCCAACAACCUCGGUUUACCUCCAACUCCAAAGAGAAUACAAUAUACCAACAAGAAGCAAUAAAUACAUUUUUCACUCCAUUAAAAAAUGAUAUUUUUGAAGCUAAAGCAGUUCUUGUUGAUAUGGAAUCUAAAGUUAUUCAAAAAACAAAGAAUACUGUCAACAAUUCCGGAUUAUGGAGGUAUCCUUCUACCAGCGAAUAUUAUCAACAACAAGGUUCAGGAAAUAACUGGGCACUAGGAUAUCAUAAAAAUGGUCAGUUAGCUUGCCAAAGUGUUAUUGAAAUAUGCCGGCAAGAAGUAGAGAAGUGUGAUCGAUUUAGUGGGUUCCUACUGUUGAUGAGUUUAGCUGGAGGUACAGGCUCAGGUCUAGGGGCUCGUAUAUCAAACACGUUGAAAGAUGAAUUUCCUGAAUCCACUAUCGUAAGUCACGUUGUUUGGCCAUUUCCUUCUGGCGAAGUUGUCCUUCAAAACUAUAAUGCAGUUUUAACAUUAUCGCACUUGCAACAAUCUUCUGAUAUAAUAAUUGGCCAACAAAAUAAGUUGCUGCAACAAACUUGCACUGCUCUGGGUAUAAAAAAUGUUUCAAUGGAUGCAAUUAACAGUGUUGCUUCACACAAUUUGGCAAGUAUAUUUCAACCAUCUGAUAAAUCAUCAAACCUAGGUUUAGAUAUAUUGCAAGGUUUAGAUCAAACCAUGUCCUUACAUCCUGCAUUUAAGUUAGUAUGUAUUAAAAAUGUUCCUUUAGUAAGUGAUAAAUCUAUGGAUUACACUACGUAUCAUUGGCCAGCUCUACUUAAAAGAUUGCGACAAUUACUAAUAUCUGAUUCGGCCUGUGAAAGCUGCAUCGAUUGGGAAGUUGCAACUUCUAGGAGUUCUUUUAACGAUAAUGCGCAAUAUAAUGAUCGAUACGUAACACAGUCUAGUUUUAAUAAAUCGUUAUCUAAUCUUCUUAUUCUUAGAGGAAAAGAUUUGCACACUGCUGAUACUAGCAUUUUGCAAGACAAAAGUUUGUAUUCCACAACUUUACCCUACGCGUUUGUUUAUAAUCAGUGGAAUCAAUGUCGCGUUUUUAAUAACUACGAAAAAAGUGCAACUUUGGUUAGUAACAGUCAAACUUUUAAUCGACCUCUUAAUGAUUGCAUUCAAAAAGCUUGGCAAAUGUUUAACACGGGGGCUUUUGUGCAUCAAUAUGAAAAGUAUGGACUCACCGAGAACGAUUUCAUUGAUAGUUUUGCUGUUGCAGAACAAAUAUAUGCGGAUUACUGCAUGAUUUAGAAUUUUUACGGAAGUACAAUCAUUUUUUAACUCGAAACUUUUUUUGAAAAUAAUAUUUAAAAAGAAA